ACAGGCUUUUAUAACUGGAGAGCCUCACUCAGACUUAUUCUUCGAACAUCUAUCCGAGCAGAAUGGAGAUGAUCAAUGAUAUAUAUGCAAAUGCAGAGAAUUUUCAUGAAAGUUUUGAUUCAGAUUCAGAUUCAUGUGAUUCAUAUGAAGAUGUUUGCGCUAGUAAGGACUACAUAAACACUCAGAUUAGCCCUCUUCAUUACAGGAGUACGGACCAAACCUCUCAAUCCCAUACAGCUGACACUCAGUACAAAGGUACAUGCACUGCAGCAAGUAGAUGUUACGGAGUGGUUGCAUUGUGUCUGGGGCUGCUAUGUGUUCUUCUUCUGGCUGCCAUUACACUGCUGUGGAUGAAGUUUACAUCAGAGCGAGACCAGUUACAGAGCAGUUACACCAACCUGACUUUAGAGCGAGACCAGUUACAGAGCAGUUACACCAACCUGACUUUAGAGCGAGACCAGUUACAGAGCAGUUACACCAACCUGACUUUAGAGCGAGACCAGUUACAGAGCAGUUACACCAACCUGACUUUAGAGAGAGACCAGUUACAGACCAGAUUUGUAGAACUAACAAGUGAAAAUGAUCAGUUAAAAACCAAUUACACCACCGUGACACAUCAGCUUCAGACCGAAAGAGAGCGUCUCCAGAACGUCCCUAAAAGGACCCGAACAAUGCAACAGGAAUGGUUUUUCAGCAAUAGCGUGUACCACGUCUUUACUGGGAAGAGCUGGAGUGAAAGCAGACAGGACUGCAUAGAGAGAGGAGCAGACCUGCUGAUCAUAAACAGCAAAGAGGAACAGGAAUUCAUCGCUAAUAAGCUGGGCCCAGAUCAGGCUUGGAUUGGGCUCACUGACCGUGACACAGAGGGAGUCUGGAAAUGGGUAGACGGCUCAGGACUGACUAUUAGCUUCUGGAUGAGCGGAGAACCAAAUAACUUUAAGGAUGAGGACUGUGCAGAGAUUCUUGGCCUUUCAGAUAGUAAAACCUGGAAUGACCGGCCAUGCUCUUACAAAGAAGGGUGGAUCUGUGAGAAAAGUACCUUAUAGUGAGACAUUAAGCUAGUAAAAGUAAGUAGUAAUGAGAAUGUCUGAGCAAGAAACAAGUGUCACAUGAUGUCAAUUUUUAUAAGAGCAAUACAAGAGUUAUGGUCAAAUGACUCUAUAUUCUCAUCUGCUCAGUUUGGGGCCCAAUUCCAUGCUUGUGAGAAUGUUUUGGAUAGUUUCACAAACAUGCCAAAAUUCAAAAUGUUCCUUCUUUAAAAUUGUUUGUGCCAUUAACUGGUUAUUGUCCUCUUUAAGCACUGUUACAUUACGUAGUAUUGUACUGACUAAAAUCUAAGAUGUGAUCAAGGUGACUGUUUGACUGCCCCCCUUGCAAAUCUUUGCAGUGCUCUUUUUAUCUAUUUCAUAAUUUUAUAGCUUUACAUGUUGCUUCUAAGAAUACCAGGGCCACCGGAACCACAGUGCUGAGCAGGCAUUUGCCCCAGCACUUUUUAUAGUACUGUGGUGACACCCUGCUACUUUUUGAAUUCAGGACACACAGAUACAUACACCUGCUUUCACUAAACUGCCUGAAGCGCUGACCAACACAGACAGAGUAAAACUGAAAACAGAGCCAAUCAGAAUCUCCAUGUCAGCUGGGAGGCACUUUCAGAUCUGCCUUGGAUGGUGUAAACCUGUCAAACUUUUUCUUUAGUUUGGUUUUGACAUGGGACUUCAUCCGAAUUCAGGCAGCACCAGCCAACCAAAACGCACUAAUUCACGAGGGAAUUCAGCACCAGAGUACGUUUUUUUCCAUUGCGCAUUUUCUCUGUACUGUCUGCACAACCUGAAACUAAUAUUUCACUCUUUGCAAGCGCUCACACGUGUUUGUUAAAAGUAAAAGUAAGUAGUAAUGAGAAUGUCUGAGCAAGAAACAAGUGUCACAUGAUGUCAAUUUUUAUUUCUUUUUAUAAGUUUUGAAACAAACCUGUUUUAAAUGAAGUUUAACCGA